AUGAAGACCUCCGUUGUUGCAGUCAAAGGCCUCUUCCUAGCCACCACCCAGACCGCAGCAAUUCCACCAAGCCUCGCCAACGGUGUGCUACCUGCCACAAACGGCUUCCCGCUGUCAACAGACCAUACAACCGUGACUACACGAGACGAAAAGACUGCCUCGUCAGAUAGCUUCCGCAUGCUUGAAGCCAUCCCAUACUCAGCAGAUGAUGCAUCCCAUAAACCAAACCCAACCGGCAACAUCCCUGGCUUUAGCGUCCCCAGCGACCUGCCCCACUCAGCCGACAAAAUCGUCGUCAUGGAACCUGGCCCAGUCCUCCCAGACGAAACACCAGACUCAGCAGAAGAUAAAAUUGUCGUCUCGGGUACUGGCCCAAUCAUCCCCUGGAAAGGCCCACCAGCAGGUGGUGCCGACAACGAACCAAUCGAACAUCAACUACGAGGAAUGGAAUGGGAUAAGAAAGCAGUGCAGCAACGAGAUCUCAAGAAGAUCAACGAAGCCGGAGCUAUUCUGCACGUCGCUUGGCUGGAGUACAAUAAACUGUUGAAGGACUUUGAGAAGAAGUGGCCUGGAGAGAAGCCGAAUUUCCCAAAGGUGGAUUUACAUGAUUAG